AUGCCUAUGCUUGCGGACCCCUCGGUCAAGUACAAGAGAUUCCCCAAUGUCAAUCUACCAAACCGCAAGUGGCCUUCGAGAACUUUGGACAGGGCUCCACGUUGGUUAUCGACAGAUUUGAGAGAUGGCAACCAAUCUCUCCCCGAUCCCAUGUCGAUAGCGGAAAAGAAGGAGUAUUUUCAGAAACUUGUGGAUAUCGGAUUCAAGGAAAUCGAAGUUGCCUUCCCGCUGGCAUCGCAAAUUGAUUUUGACUUCACGAGAUUUGCCGUUGAAACUGCGCCCGCGGAUGUUUCCGUGCAGGUCUUGUCUCCGUGCCGUGAGGAGUUGAUAAGGAGAACCGUGGAGUCGCUCAAGGGCGCCAAGCGCGCCACCGUGCACAUCUAUUUGGCCACGUCCGAUUGCUUUAGAAACGUGGUGUUUGGAUUGAGCAAAGAAGAAAGCAAGCAAUUGGCCGUCAAGUGCACCAAGUUGGUGCGCCAAUUGACCAAAGAUGAUCCUUCAACUGCUGGCACAGAUUGGGACUUUGAAUUUUCACCCGAAACUUUCUCAGAUACGGAUUUGGAUUAUGCGGUGGAAGUUUGUGAAGCUGUGAAGGAGGCGUGGGCUCCCAGCGAGGAGAAACCGAUAAUUUUCAACUUGCCAGCUACGGUGGAGAUGGCUACCCCCAACAUCUAUGCUGACCAAAUUGAAUAUUUCGCCACCCACAUUAGCAAUCGAGAAACUGUUUGCAUCUCAUUACACCCACAUAAUGACCGUGGCUGUAGUGUUGCCGCUGCCGAAUUGGGCCAAUUAGCAGGCGCCGAUCGUGUUGAAGGUUGUCUUUUUGGUAAUGGUGAACGUACGGGUAACGUUGACUUGGUCACUUUAGCGUUGAACUUGUACACGCAAGGCGUGUCGCCCCAUCUUGAUUUCUCCGAUAUCACUUCUGUGAUUGAUAUUGUUGAGAAAUGCAACAAGAUCCCCGUCCACGCCAGAGCUCCCUAUGGUGGCUCCUUGGUCGUAUGUGCUUUUAGUGGAUCGCAUCAAGAUGCCAUCAAGAAAGGGUUUGCCGACUACGAAGCCAAGAAGAAAGCAUCGGGCACCAAAAAUGUCCGUUGGCAAUUACCCUAUUUGCCGUUGGACCCCGAGGAUAUUGGACGUACAUACGAGGCCAUUAUCCGGGUUAAUUCACAAUCGGGUAAAGGUGGCUCAGCAUGGGUCAUUUUGCGGAAUUUGGAGUUGGAUUUGCCUCGAGGCUUGCAGAUUGCCUUCUCCAAGAUUGUUCAAGAACGCGCCGAGAUUAAAGGUCAAGAGUUGACGAAUCAAGAGUUGUGCGACUUGUUCAAGCUGGAGUACUUUAUUGAUUACGACGAGGACUCGAGCGAGUCGCCUGACCAAAUUUUCAAGUUGGUUGAUUACUCGAUAUCGUCGCCUAGUAAAGGUAUCAAGGAGAUUGAGGCUGAGAUUAGCGUCGCUGGUAAAACCGUCAAGAUCAAGGGUCAAGGUAAUGGUCAAUUAUCUGCGUUCAACAACGCCUUGGCUAACCAUUUGAACGUUGACAUUGACGUUAAGCAUUACCAUGAACACUCGCUUGGCGAAGAUUCACAAGCGAGAGCUGCUACAUAUAUCGAGGUGUUGGUGAAUAAGAAGGUCACGAGAUGGGGUGUUGGUAUCAACACCGAUGUGUCGCAAGCUUCUUUUCUUUCAUUGAUUUCGAUUCUUAAUGGAUUAAAGAGAAAUAAAGACAUUUAG